AUGAGCUACCCAAACUGUCUGCUAAAAUCAGUAGACAAAGGAGAGCUGGUAGAGGACAGAGAUGUGAACACAAAAGGAGGUCAAGAUGUCAAGAAGAGUAUGAACAAUUGCAUUGAGGUGCAUGACACUCACCCAGAUUGGGAAGAAUUAGUAAGGCUGAGCUUUAAUAACAAAGCCGUCGUUAGAAAUUCUGGUCAGUUGCUCCGUCUGAAAAUGUUUCGAGAGGACCACGGAUCUUGGAUGACAAUGUUCUUCAGUACCAUCCUCUUCCUCUUCAUUUUUUCUCACAUUUAUAAUCUUUUCCUCAUCAUGGCAGGGAAUAUGAGUGCAUACAUUAUAACAGACUUCAUGGGCAUCAGGAAUGAAAAUUUUAUGAAAGUAGCUGCAGUUGGGACUUGGAUGGGAGAUUUUGUCACAGCAUGGAUGGUCACAGAUAUGAUGCUUCAAGACAAACCCUACCCAGACUGGGGAAAGUCUGCUAGAGCUUUCUGGAAGAAAGGAAACAUUAGGAUCAUUUUAUUCUGGACGGUUCUGUUUACUCUGACCUCAGUAGUUGUGCUUGUCAUCACUACUGACUGGAUCAGCUGGGACAAACUGAAUCGUGGAUUUCUGCCAAGUGAUGAAGUCUCAAGAGCCUUCUUGGCUUCUUUCAUCUUGGUGUUUGACCUUCUUAUCGUCAUGCAG